AUGGAUUCAUUUGAUAUAGCUAAUCAAUUUGCACAAUUAUUAAGGAAUUUAACUCCACAGAUAGGGGUAUUGAAUAAAGCUGCUACUUUUGCGUUGAAAAAUUCAGAUAAUGAAGAUUAUUUAUUUCCAACUAUACUAAAUGUUUUACAUGAUAAAAAUCUAAAUAUUAAUCAAAAAUCAACAAUUUUUCAAUUUAUAGAUGUAUUGAUAGAUGAAGCUCAUAAAUAUAAUGGUGCUUAUGUUAAAAACAUUGAAAAAAUUUUGCCUGCGAUUAUUAAAAACAUAUGUGUGAGCAGUUCUAAUAUGUUCAAUGUUUAUCAAAGUUUAUGCUCCAUAUCAAAACAUUUCAAAAUUAAUGUCAAGGAGUAUGAAGACAAAUUUUAUACUGAUUUAUUGACGGAAGAGGAUAAGAAGUUAAUUGAAGAGAAUGGUCAGAUUGAAAGUAAAAAAUUUGAUGACCAUGGCCUAAUUUUAGCUUGGAAAAUAUUACUUGAAAGGAAAAGAAGAUCACAAUUUGAAAGGGCAAAGUUGCUUAGGUCCAAUCCAAUUCAUGAGACAGUUGAAGAAGAUGAAUUAUUCAAAGUUAAAUCAAAAGAUAAAUAUGCUUUAUCAAAACGCCAAAUUUUAUCUCGAUUAGAAGAUGAUCGUGAAUUACACAAACGUUCAAAAGAGAAUUUAUGGAAUGUAAAUAGAGAUAAAUCAGUUUUAACAGAGCAAGAGUUUAAAGAUCAUUAUUGGAAUAAAUUCAAUGCAUUAAAUGACGAAGAAGGUAAAGAAUUUUUCAAUGCAUUACUGGAUUUAAAUGAUUUAGUAUCUGCAAGUUAUAAAGAUCAACAAUAUUAA